AUGUGUUGCUCUGGUGGGAAAGUCUUACUUCCACGUGUUCCUCCUCCACAUGAGCUUCUUCAAAUAUUUUCAGAUCAAACAUCUGAAAGUAGACAUUUUAGACAACAUAUAAGAAGUUACAAUCAUGUCUUCUCAUUCACUUCUCUUGGUGUUCAUAUGGAUGAAACUAUAGUAGCAAAUGGUCGUGGUAUAUAUAGUUUUCGUGCUCAAGGUGCAAUCUAUCAUAGGAUAGGAGGAUUUUAUCCAAAUGAUGGGUCCAGACCCCGGUUUUUGCAGUUGUACAUUUAUGACACUGAACAUGAAUUACAAAAUAGGAUGUUGGAAAACCCUCAACUUCAUCAAACUAUUGUUCAUAAAUUGCAACAAAUAUUACACCGGUGUAAUCCUUUUGUGCAUGUAUUUCGACAACUUGCUCAAGAACCAAAUAUUCAGAUAUGUUCUUUACUCAUUAAAGAGCGUCCUGCGAAUCAACCACAGUAUAAUCUUCCAACUGCAUCUCAAGUAGCAGCUAUUAUUGUUACUGCAGACACAGAAUCAAUGGCACGUGGCCGAGAUAUUAAAGUUGUAGGUCAUGAUGGAAAUUUAAUAAACAUACAAGAAACCGUAGGAUAUUAUGAUCCUUUACAAUAUCCUUUAUUAUUUCCAUUUGGAACAUAUGGCUGGGACACCAACACAAAAAAUCAUAAUGGCCAAAGUAUCUCUUGCCGAGAAUAUUAUAGUUUCAUGCUUCAGAUUCGUCCAAAUGAUCAGUCUGUAAUAUUACAAGCGGGACGACUUUUACAACAAUAUGUUGUAGAUAACUACGUUAAGAUUGAGACCGGAAGGUUACGAUGGAUUCGUAAUCAUCAAAACAACAUUCGUGCUGAAGUGUACCAAGGUUUGCAGGAUGCUUUGCAUGAAGGACAAACUCACGCAGAUACUGUUGGAAAGAGGACAAUAUUACCAUCGUCAUUUAUUGGUAGUCGUCGAGACUUGACACAACGAUAUCAAGAUGGUAUGGCAAUUGUUGCUCACAAUGGAAAACCUGAUAUUUUUCUUACAAUGACAUGCAAUCCAUCUUGGAGUGAAAUUUCUUCUGAACUACAAAAUCAACAAACUCCACAAGAUCGCCCUGACUUGCUCACAAGAAUCUUUCGAGCAAAAUUUGAGCAAUUGAAGGAAGAUGUUGUUAAUAAAGGAGUCCUCGGAAAAGUUAAUAGUUAUAUGUAUGUUACUGAAUUUCAAAAACGUGGGUUGCCGCAUGUACAUAUGCUAUUGAUCUUAGAUAAUAAUGAUAAGUUACGUGAUCCACAAGAUUAUGAUAGCAUUGUGAGGGCAGAAAUACCAAAUAAGGCAGAAGAACCACAAUUACAUGAAGCUGUGUUGAAACACAUGAUACAUGGUCCUUGCGGAACUCUCAAUCCUAGAUCACCAUGUAUGAAGCGCAAUCAAUGCCAAAAGAGAUUUCCCAAGGAUUUCUUGGAAGAAACACAACAAGGUAAUGAUUCAUAUCCACAAUAUAGAAGACGUUUUGAUGAACCAAUUUCCAUAAAUAGAAAUGUGACUGUUGACAAUAGAUGGGUGGUUCCUUAUAAUCCUUGGUUACUCUUAAAAUACGACUGUAAUAUAAAUGUUGAGGUCUGCAGCAGCAUCAAAAGUAUUAAAUAUUUGUAUAAGUAUGUUUACAAAGGACCGGAUCGAGUAGCAAUGGAGAUUCAUAGAGGACCAAUUAUAGUGAAGUCCAGCAAUAUCUCGAUGCUAGAUGGAUUUGUGCUCCCGAGGCUUUAUGGAAAAUCUUCAGAUUUACAAUCUAUCGAAUGA